AUGUCCUCCAACGUCGGCCUCUCCACACCCCGCGGCAGCGGAACAUCAGGCUACGUCCAACGCAACGGCGCCUUCCUGAAACCCCGCGCCGCCGGCUUCGGCGCACCCUAUCCACCCGUCAGCGGCGCCAACGGCGCCCCCACCGACCGCGCCUUCAAACAACGACUCCCGGACAAGCAAAUCCUCGAGCAUGACCGCCGGCGCGCAAUUGAAGUUACCGUCAUGGAAGAGCGGGAGCGGUUGGAGGAGGCUAAUGAGCGGAUUGAGGAGGCGUUGGCGAAGAGUAAGGGCAAAGGCAAGAAGGGCGGUAAGUCUAAGGCUGUGAAGGAGGAUAGGGAGGAUAGAGAGGAUGGAGAAGAGGAUGAAGAGGAGGAGGGUGAAGGAGAGGGCGAGCGCGUUCUUACCGAGGAGGAGAUUGAUGAAAGGUGUGAGGUGCUACGGCAGCGCCUUGUGAAGGAGAUGGAGGCUGAGACGGAGGGUGGUGCUGCGCGUGGGAAGAAGGCUGCACCUAGGGAUCGGAGGCAGUACAAGUCUUAUCAGGUGCAUGAGCUUGCGGAGGCGAAGAUUGAGGAGAGUGAGAGGUUGAGGAGGGCGUUGGGGAUUCGGGAGGAUCGGGAGACGGGGGAGAUUAGUAGUACUCGGCGUUUUGAGAGACGACGAGACUAG